AUGAAGUGCACCACUGUCCUCCUUGCGGCCAUUGCUAGCCUGACCGUUGCCGCUCCCCGCCGCGAACGGCCGCGGAACUUUAUGUUCCCUGACGAUGAGAGCCUUGGGCCUUUUCGAGAGGAGGACCCCUUGUCCCCCGAAGAAUACAUUGAUACUCUUCGAGGAAAAGAGAUAGUUCCCGCGGACCCUGUUCCUCCAAACGCGGGCGGGCAAAAGGAGACCCCUUGCAAAACAGGCGGGCAAAAGGGGGCCUCUUGCAAAACAGGCGAGCAAAAGGAGGCCCCCGGCAAAACACCUAACGGGAGUCUGUUUUCUAAAACUUCCCCGAAGCCGGACGAAAACGAGCAGUCAUACGACGACAUUGAGCCUGCGCCGUUAGAUUUUACUCCCGUUUAUAGUCCUUCGUCAUUAAAUCGGAAGGUUCCUAAAGUUGAUGGUUCUGAGAAUAGCAAUCAGAAUCAGACCGAAACUACCUAG